GGUUCAAUGGCACCGUGACGUCUAGAUUGUGUGUUGGUGUGAACUAAUCGCCGGUCGAACAAAUACAUUUUUUGUGUUGUUAGCUAAGUUAUUUUAUCGUCAGUCGAUACUUGAAUUUUUAUCGUCGCGCACUUGUUUAUAAAUUAUUUAAAAUGUAUUGCAUUAUAGUAUCAAUAAUAGCAUUAGCGUAUAUGUUCUGGGACGUCAAUUACUUUCUAAGAGUGGCUUUCACCAUAGGAGUCGGAAGACUGUUUAAAAAGAAAUGUGGGCUUAAAGAUUCUUCUACUAUUUACGGAUUCUGCACGACACAAGACGUCGAUAUAUUCCUGAGGCAUAUGAAUAAUGCGCGUUAUGUACGAGAAUUAGACUUUGCUAGGUUCCACUUCUACGACGCUACGGGAAUAUAUGCAAAUAUCAAAGCAGUUGAUGGUCACGUAUUACAAGGAGCUUCUACUAUUAGAUACAGAAGAACUAUACCCAUUUUCACUGCAUAUAAGGUUGAAACAAAGUUAGUAUAUUGGGAGGAUAAAUCACUAUUUAUCGAACAGAAGUUUAUUACACUGAACGACGGUUUUGUGCGUGCUAUUGUGUUGUCGCGGCAAAACCUUAUUAAUGUUGAUGCUGAUACACUACUCAAGAAUAUUCCUGGAGCUGAUAUUAAGCCGCAAUGUCCAGAGGAAAUUAAACAUUGGCUAGAUGCUAUAGAAAUAUCCAGUGCUAGACUUAGGAAGAAGGACUAAACUUAACAAAUUUUUGGGAUAAAUGUUUACCGUUCAGAAAUAAAAAUUUAAUUUAUUGUAAUAA